ACUAUGUAGUAGUGUGCUGCUUUAUUGUAGAAGCAUUCUAUAUAAUGUAUGUUGAUUGUUGAAUAAUAGUAAGAAACAUAGUAAAUCGGUCAUUUGGAUUCCGUGUUUAUAUUUUAUUUACGAUUCAAGAGAAACAUUUUCGCCGUUCUUUAACGGAUCAAGUUCGCGAAGAGUAGAGGAACAGACAUGUUGUAACAUCAAGAAUACCGAGAGUGUUUUAGUGUUAGAGAUGUGACUGUUGUAUUUAAACCAAGGUAACUUGAUUUCCUUAACUUGGUGUUGAUAUGACACCUAUUGGAUUUACGAUGGAAAAACCAGAAACUCUGGAUCAAAACAUGCUCAUUUCCCGUAGUCAGUCUGGCCUAGUAAUACCACGAGCACAAACAAUGUUAGCAGUUGGCUCUCAGGAAACAUCAGUCACCAAGUCCCAGUCUGGUUCCCCACGUAGAAAUUUCUCAUGUGAUCUAUCUUGUGCUAUGAGGUACACUGAACCUCUUUCGUUCACUACAAGUCAUGCUCCUGUCCCGAGUGAAAGAAGAUUUUCUCAUUCCUAUCCAGAACUUAAACAGUUUGGUGAUUUUCUUAACUCCCAGGAAGUGAAUUCAGAUUCUGAUGGCAGUACAACCCAAAGUGUAACAUCAAGUACAGAUUAUCAACCCUCUUGGAACAGAAAAUUAGAUUUUUUAUUUUUCAGUGUUUCUCACGCCUUGGGAUUAGGAAACAUUUGGAGGUUUCCAUAUUUUUGUUAUAUGAAUGGUGGAGGAUCUUUUUUUAUAGCCUAUUUGAUAGUAAUGCUUUUCUGUGGGAUUCCAAUGCUGAGGGCAGAGCUUGCCAUUGGUCAGCUGACUCAGAAUAAGAUGAUCAAUGCUUUUGGACGAUUGUGUCCUCUUACAAAAGGUCUCGGAAUAGCAGGCAUUCUUGCUUCUUUCUGGCUUACAGCUUCGUACAGUGUCUUGUUUGCAUGGUCUCUUUUCUACUUUUUCAAUUCCAUAUUUGAAGUUCCUCGUUGGUCACGUUGUAACAAUUCAUGGAACACUCAGUUGUGUAGGACACACGGUUCCAUAACAGAACUGACUACGAAACUUUUAACAGUUGAUCAAGUACUUGUGUCGGGACCAAAUCAAACUCUUGCAAAAGAGAAUGGCACCGAAUCUGAAGGGGAAGUUAGAUCUUCAUCCAUAAUUCCUUCAGAAAACAAUAACAGUGAGAUGGCAUCACCACUAUCAGGGUUUUGUCGUUCUGCUGAAGAAUUUUUCAAUCAAAAGUUAAUAGAGGUUACAAAUGGAUUGGAUAACAUGGGUCAGGUCCGGUGGGAGCUUUUUGCAUCAAUCUUGGUGUGCCUAAUCUUGGUUUAUAUUGCAGUGAGGAAGUCUUCAUUUCGCUUGGUUCGGCGAAGGUACAAGUUGGUUUUGGUUCCCCUUGUGCUGUUGCUUGCCCUCCUUAUUCGUGUUGUUGUUUUAGAUGGUUCUUCAUCUGGCCUUCGAUUUUUCUUUCAACCUACAGCAGAAGGCCUUGUUAAUCCCAAAGUGUGGCUGUACGCUGUUGCUCAGACACUGCAUUCUUUAGGUCUAGGAAUAGGAACAGUUUUGUCAAUGGCAUCACGAAACAAACAACAUAAUGACAUGAUCAGAGAUAGCAGAAUCAUUGCAUUGGUUAACCUUGUGGUCAUUACUCUUGUGGGUUGUGUCUUCUAUGGUGUGGUUGGCCAUGUGUCUUAUGUCUGGCAAACAUCUAUAGACAAUGUACUGAACUAUGAUCCUGGAUCUGUGUUUGUUCUGUAUUCUGAACUUCUGGCUACGAUGCCUUUACCUACACUUUGGGCCAUUCUUUUCUUCUUGAUGAUGUUAUGUUUGGCUCUCAACUCUCAAGGAGGGAUCUACUACUUCAAGUUGAUGGAUCAUUAUCUUUCAGUAAUAUUGGUUGUUGUCAUUGCUACUCUUGAACUUUGUACCUUGUCCUGGUUGUAUGGAGUGAAGCAUUUGGUUGCUAACAUCCGACAGAUGACAGGAAAGAUUCCAUCUCUCUAUUUCAUUGUAUGUCUCUACUGUGUGGCACCAGUUAUUAUGCUUGUGAUCAUUAUUUACUAUAGCAUUCAAGAUGGUGGAAUGCCAACUCAAAGAAGCUACCAUUACCCCGUGUGGAGUCACAUCCUUGGAGGAUUAUUUGUGGGACUGAGUCUCAGUUCACUUCUCAUUCUGGCUGUGCAGGCAUUUAAGAAUGCACCAAAAGCCAAUAUUUUCUCUGUAAGUUAA